GGCGGAGCUCUGGGCAAUCAGAAGAGAACCUUUGACGAGAUCGAUCGAAUGGGUUUCAACGGCUUUGUGAAGAAGAACUUCGACGAGAUAGACCGCCUAGGUUUCAACAACUUCGUCAAAAAGAAUUUCGACGAAAUCGACCGCAUGGGAUUCGGCAGCUUCGUCAAGCGAAACGCGCCAGCCCUGCUAGCACGUUAUUAUCAAAUGCAGGAACAUGGAGGAGCUCUCGGUCACCAGAAAAGAAAUUUCGACAAAUUUGAUAGAUUGUCUUUGAACAGUUUCGUCAAGAAGAACUUCGACGAAAUCGAUCGCACCGGAUUCGAUAGCUUCGUCAAGAGGAAUUUCAACGAAAUCGACAGCACCGGCUUCGACAACUUCAUCAAACGAAAUGCACCAGCUCUCCUUUGGCGAUAUUAUAGAAAUCACAACCACUGAAUCACCAAAUCGAACAUUUCUUUCUUCUUUAACCUAUAUCUCGACGUUGGCUCAACUCAUGGCUCAGUUUUCUACUCGUUUCAUAUCGAUGACUCGGCAAUGAAUUUUUCGAGAAACUCAAAAUCAUACAUCACUAAUAAUCUUAAAGAAGUGGAAUUAUUUAAUUAUGGAUCCAAAAAAUUUACGUUCUCUUUUGCUUUAUUAUUUGGAAACUGAGUUGUUAUUAUUAUUAUUAUUAUAAGACAAAUAAAACAAUAAGAUCAGAUACAAAAUAUAACGCGCACAAAAUAUUAAUACAUUUGUUAUAAACGUUGUACAUCAUUUUGGAACAAAAUUGUUUCUCAUUGUCCUUUUGUGCAUUAGCAGUUCGUCAAUAUUUUGUGUGAUUUAGACGUCAGAAAUAACGCCAAUGAGGAAUCGGUGUAGAGGCACGUUUCAACAUAAGUUUUUUUUUAUAUAAAGUCCUUCACACCACUUCCCUUGUUAUUUAUCUUGACAAACAUACAAAAUUACAAAAUAACUUUAAUUUUAACCAAAACCGUUGUUAUUCUUACUUAUUUUGAUGUCAAAGUGAUGUUAAGUGACUCGUUAAAUGUUAAAAUACGCCUGGCUCAUUUUAACCAAAGAUAAUAUACCUUGAUCUUCAUUCUGCGUAAUGAAAGACUGCAAGGAAAACAUUUUCAAACUACAUGGCACUACAUAAAUAUUAAACAAUAAUAAAAAGAAUGUUCAAAUGAAAUAUGAUGCAGCAAUAUGCUCAAGGCGAUAUGUAUUAAAUUCUAUAUAUUAUGUAUCCAAC